CUGUAGACGAGUUAGGACUAAAUUUUAUUUGGAACUGUGAGGCAAUUUAUUUAGAUUUGUCUUAUCCCGUUCUGUGUUUCAUGUAUUUUAUAAAAUAAUCAAUUUUUAAUAACUAAAGGUCAAUUUUACAUAUCAUGUCAUAUCAAAAGACUCCCUUGAGAUCAAGAUCUUCAUUAGGAUCUUACUCGACUACCACUGGAAGCGGGUCUUCACUCAGUCGAUCAGGCUCAAAUCCAACCCCUGGUGCUAAACCUCACGUGAAAGUCACAGAUUUAAGAAGACCACCAUCGUCAAGAGGAUUCCAUUCAGGAUCGCCUCAACCUCAACAGAAACAACAAGCUCCUCGCUCUAGACCUGGAUCAGCCAUGGGGUAUUUUUCCGGCGGAAGUAGCAGCAGGCCUCCUACCCCCUCUUUCCAAAGACUAGAACCAUAUACUGGAUCCAUUACUGUAUCCAUUAGACCUAACCCUUACAGUGUACAUCCAUUCCAACCAGCACCUUGGGAUCUUGAUGUUCGAGAAAACUCUAUAUCUAAUAAGCAAGAUCAAUCUUCUUUUUCAUUUGAUAAUGUUUUCCCUGCUGAUGCUUCUACAACCAAUUCUCAUGUAUAUCAAAAGUCAUGUUCUGAAAUAGUUAAGAAAUUUCUUCAUGAAGGUUACAAUGGGACUGUAUUUGCUUAUGGUAUGACAGGAUCUGGGAAGACAUUUUCUAUGCGAGGUGAGAAUCACGAUCCUGGGUUUGUUAAAUUAGCCAUCGAUGAUAUUUUCCAUAUUAUUGAAUCUAAUCUGAUGUCCAAAAUACAAUAUAAAUUAAACGUAUCAUAUUUGGAAAUAUAUAAUGAGAAGAUCAUUGAUUUGUUAUCCACUAAUCCGUCUUCCAACGGUUCAGAUUUAAAAAUUAGAGAUGAUUCAAUGUUUGGGAACAAAAUUGUUGGCAUUACAUCUCCAGAUAUUAUAUCUAAGGAACAAUUACUUCUGCUCAUCAAGAGGGGAGAUACUAAUAGAAAGACUAGCGCAACCGAUUUCAACGCGAGAUCCUCACGUUCACAUUCUAUCCUUCAAUUGAAGUUGACUACAAUAGAUAUCAUGUCAAAUAGUGAACAAAAUGCAACCUUGUCUUUAUGCGAUCUUGCAGGUUCCGAAAGAGCAACUUCAAGUCUUGAGAGAAGAAAAGAAGGUGCGUACAUCAACAAAUCAUUACUUGCCUUAUCUACGGUCAUCAAUAAACUUUCCGCUUCUGCUAGCACCAGUGCCAAUACACCAGCACCACCGCCUUCAUCAGAACAUAUUCCAUAUAGAGAUUCCAAGUUGACAAGGUUAUUACAACCUGCCUUAUCUGGAUCAUCAUUGAUUUCAAUCUUAUGUACUAUCCAUCUUGGUUCAGGAAGUGAAUCAACAAACUCAAAUAAUCAGUUCAUAUCAGAAACUUAUAAUACUUUAAGAUUUGCUGCAAGAGCGAGAAAUAUUGUUAUGAAUGUCCUGAGAAACAAAUCUUCAUCACUUGGUGAAAGCCCAGAGACUCUUAAAUUAAUUGAAGAGCUUAGACGUACAGUAGAAACGCAAAAAACUGAAUUACAAUUAUUACAGAAUCACAAUGGAAUGACAGGCAUACUGAACAAUACAUCAACUGGCUUGACUGAACAGAAUCUUAAGAUUUCACAACUUGAAGGUGAAAAUGCAAUUUUGAAUGAGAAAUUAGAACAUUUAACCAGACUAACAGAUUUACAAAAAACUGAAACAAUUAUUUUGAAAAAUGAUACAUUAAAUGAUUUAUUAGGAUCUGGAAUUGAGAACAACGCACUGCAAGUUAUGAUGUCUAACUUGGAAGAAUUUUACAAACGUGUGAAUUAUGAAAUGGACGAAUACAAGUCAUACAUAAAUCAUUUGGAAAAUCAACUUGAAUUGCAACAUCUGAAAAAUUCACUUUCGAGGGGGAACGAAACAAGCAAGACUCUUAUUGAACCUAGCGUACCCGACCCUGAAAUGGAAGCUGUAUUAAAGGAUCAAGAGGAAGAAAUUUGGCAUCUUAAGGAAUUAAUUAAGGAUAAGGAUCAUAUCAUUAAGAGUUUGACUAAAACCACCAAAUUACGUCGCUUGAUGGAAUCAAACUCAGCUAAUGUACUUGAAAAGUCAGAAGAUCAUGCUCUGAAACGAACAUCAGUGCGAAAUUUAGAUGCAAAUGAUAAGGAAAAUUCAACAUUUGGAGAGUUGAAAUCGUUUAAAAUUAGCGGUUCAAGAUCUCCUGAUAUUGAAGAGAGUUCACGGUUUGUAAUGUAAAUAUAUAGAAUAGUGAGAAAUAAUUGAAAUAUCUAUGAUUGUUCGUAAUAUAAAUAUAUGGUAUGUAUAUCUAAAUAUGUAUUAUUUAUU